CGUGUAGGGGGGCAGAGGCCGGAAGCGGAAGUGAGUAGCGUCGGCAGGGCCGGUUGCUGUGGUAACGCGGCGAGGCCGUGGCCAUGGGGGAGCCGCAGGACCGGCCGGCCCCCGAGAACACGUACAGCCUGCGGCCGGCCUUCCAGCACAAAUUCCGAUCUUCUGCAGUAAAAGAGUGCAUCCAUGCGAUACUGAAAGAGAAUCUAGCCAAUGUGCAAUACAACCCAGAGGAAACGCCAGAGCUCACACGGUCCUUAUCAGAGACAAUUAAAGAUAGACUGAAAGCAGAGGGAUUUCACCGGUAUAAAAUGGUGGUGCAGGUUGUGAUUGGAGAACAGAGAGGUGAAGGAGUGAAUUUACCCCCCAGGUGUACCGUGUUAAUGGCUUUGUCCCGAUACAUUUGUUUAGCAUGGCUGCACGAUGUUUCUGGGAUGCUGACACUGACAACUAUGCACAGGAUGUUUUUAUGAAUGACAGUCUGUUCUGCGUGGUAGCUGCAUUUGGCUGUUUCUACUACUGAUGCCGGUGAAGAACAGAAAAGAACUACAGUGAUUUUAGAGAGGCUUUUUAGCUUGUUUGGUUUUCUUCAAUAACUUGUACUCAUGUUUUCUCAAAGUAGCAGACUUACAAUUGUACAAAGCAUGCUCACUGUAUCUCUAGAAUACAAGACUUGUGUCCACAACUUCCUCUUCUUUCCUGCUUGUAUAAAUAUAGCUUUGUAGCAUUUUGUUUUUCUUUUGUCCUUUUAAUCAUCCUUCCUGCUUUGUGCAAAAUGGAUUUAUUAACUCCCAGGAGCCAGAUAUAGUGCCUUAAAAGGACUAGAUUGCUUUGAUUAGUAGUGACUUGUUUCCAUAAUGUAAUAAAUAUUUAUGAGCAAUGUAAUAUAAUAAAUACAAUUGUAUAUAUUA